CGGCCUCGGGGUGGGAGCGGCGGCCGACGGUGCCCCGGGCGCCCCACGGCGCUCCGGAGACUCUGCGGGAAAACAAAUUAUUUCAAUUUCAAAGCAUGUUAAAUAACAAACUUGGCACUAUGCUGAAGAAAAGCCAGAAGAUGAUCAAUUGUUCCUACACUCUCAUUUGAAGGGAAUCAGGAGAUAAAAUGGCAAAUGUUUGAAGUUAAUAUUCAGGAUGAAUGAUGAUAAUUCAGAUAAGACACAGUAUGGAAUGAAUUCCUUAUUUAUCAGCAGUAAAAAUGGAAGUACGUAUGAAUACAACCCCAAAUCACCAUCUGCCCAGAACUCUUCAACCAGUGAUAUGACUUGGAAUCCUGCCAACCCAGAGGACAUGGUGAUUGAUUAUGAAAUGGACCCUGCUGUGUACAGGGACACAGAUAUUUCAUUAUGUGAUCAGUGUGUUGAAGGACUGGAUCAUGAAAAGUCUUCAAGUGAUUUCACUAAUAAACGAAUAUUAGAAGUGCAUGAAGACCCUACAUGUCAAUGUUCUGCCCUUGUAAAUACAGAGAAGUCUAAGCACCCACACAGUACCUUAAACUCCUUAGAAGUAGUCCAGGACCAGAGCAUCAAGCCCUCUCUGCCCUUUGUAUGGAAUGAUGAUGGUGAUUUGAACUGCAUCAACUACCCUACAGUUUUGAAUCCAAAUCAGACAUUUGAUGUGAAAGUGAGCAAAAGUAACCACACCUUUAUAACGUAUCAUACCAUUGGCCAGGGUCAAUCCUUACAUGCCCCUGGACAUCUGCAUGAGAGAAGUGGGAGUAUGUCUUUAUGCUCUUCCACUUGGACAUCAUCCCAUUCUGCUAAGAUGCAUGUGGGAGAGACUUGUGAUCAGAGAGAGAAUUUUGAGAAUCUCCCAGUCAUAUCAGCAGAGGACCAAAACACCACAUACACAGAACCUUCUGAUGUGGUGAUGCAAACUGAUAAUGUUCCAGACAUUGGAAACCAGUGUCAAUGUUCUUUAGGAGAAAUCACCAAAGAGUACACAGAUGGGUCACAGCAAAGACUCAUCAGGGAGAAUCAGAUACAAGCCAUAGAACCAGUUGCUGGUGGCAUGGAAGUCCCCAGUGGGUCUGUAUUACAAGAGUUCUGUUGUGUAUCAAAGGAUGAACUGAAUAAUGAGACACAAUCACAAAGUUCAUAUGGCCAAAAGGAAAUGGGCCAAAAACUAAGAGAAACGGUGUCCAGUUGUCUUAUUGAUGAGAAACGCCCUUUAUUGAUGCCAGAGUUUGAUAAAAGUAAAGCCAACACCUUGGACUCAGAGCUUGAAGUCACUGUGACCAAAGACACACAUAUUGCCGCUAAGGGCGAAGAUUUGGGAACCCAAAGUGGCAUGGUGACACUAGUUCUUCGUAGCUCACCAGGACAAAGGGCUUCAUCUUUUGAAAUGGCUUGGGAUGCAAAUGAUGUUAGCACAAAUCACCCAGUCAGCAUGUCAACACCAGUACUACAACCCCCAAGUGUAAGCUUUACUCUGUCACCUGUUGAAUCAACAGAGAAAUGUAAUAAAGUGGAGAAAAGCCAAAGAGAACCUAAAAAUGUACUGAAUGGCAAGGGAGCACGUCUGAACAUGUCUAAGCCUAGUUUAGGAAAAUCAAGCACCAAAACAAAUACCCCUGUAGGCAGCAAAGUCAGGAAAACUGAAAUUAUAAAUUACCCAAGACCAAACUUCAAGAACGUUAAAGCAAAAGUGGUUUCUAGACCAGUACUGCAGCCCAAAGAUGCCAGCCUCUCAAAGGUCACACCCAAACCGCAGAAGACCAUCUCCUCAAUCCCCUCACCAACAUCUUCAACUUCAAGACAAGUGGCAGUUCUGAGCAAAACGCCAAGAUCUGACACCCCUGCAGACAAAAAGGCAGAAAUCUUAAUUAACAAGACACACAAGCAACAGUUUAAUAAACUCAUUACCAACCAGGCUGUGCAUGUUACAACUCAUUCUAAAAACGCUCCACACAGGCUUCCAAGAACAACAACUGCCAUGAAAUCGAAUCAGGAGGAUGUUGACAAAGCAGCUUCUCAUUCAGUGUGUGAGACUGGGGCUGUCGCUGCGUUCAUCCAGAAGAUCAAAGGCAUACUCCCUGUGAAAAUGAAGAGUUCAGAAUGUUUGGAGACAACGUAUGUGUCCAACAUCACUGGGAUUAGCCCUGAAAGGGGUGAAAAAGACAAUAGAACACCCGUGGACAAACAAGAGCUAGAAAAGGGAGCCAUGAAUGAGACUUUUGAAUAUGAGUCUCUAUUUUUGAGCUCUACUCCUAAGACUGCCACCACCCCAGGAAGGAGCAUCUCCAAGCCUGACUCCUGCAAUCUGAGGAAGGCAGCAGGCCUGAAAGCCAAGGUGGGGCCUGCCAUUUCCUACUUGCGGCGGGGGAAUGACAGUAGAACCCUCAGUUGUGACCGGGCUUUAUCUCCUCAGAGGACCAGGCGUGUGUCCACUUCUGGAAAGCCUACAUCCUUGAAAUCUGCACAGCCAUCUUGGGUGAAUUUGCCUAGACCACUUCCUAAAUCCAAAGCAUCUUUGAAAAGUUCUGUGUUGCGGAGGACAGGAAGCACUCCUUCAGUUGCCAGCACCCCCAGCGAUCUCAGCACCUACAGCAAUAAUUCCGGUAAUUCUGCUGUCAUCAAGUACGAGGAAAAACCUCCCAAGCAAGCAUUUCAGAAUGGCUCUGGAGCUUUAUAUUUGAAGUCGGUGACACCCAGAGCUCAUGUACACUUGCUCCAAACUCCUCCAAAAGGUCCUUCAAGAAAGAAUCUGUUUACAGCUUUUAAUACAGUUGAGAAGGGCAGGCAAAAGAAUUCCAAAAGUCUGUGCAUCCAGACCCAGACAUCUCCAGAUGUGCUAUCCACCGAGAAAACACUUGAAUUGGCCCAAUAUAAGACAAAAUGUGAAAACCAAAGCAGAUUUAUCCAGCAGCUCAAGCAGCUUCUUUCCUGUGGCAAUACCAAGCUUGAGGCACUAACAGUUGUGAUCCAGUACCUCCUGUCUGAGCGGGAGGAAGCAUUGAAGCAACACAAAACCCUAUCUCAAGAACUUGUUAACCUCCGAGGAGAGCUAGUUGCUGCUUCUUCCACCUGUGAGAAAUUAGAAAAAGCUAGGAAUGAGUUGCAAACAGCGUAUGAAGGAUUUGUCCAAAAGCUGAACCAGCAGCACCAGACGGAUCGAGCAGAACUGGAGAAGCGGCUUAAGGAGUUCUACACGGGGGAGUGUGAAAAGCUUCAGAACAUUUACAUUGAAGAAGCAGAGAAGUAUAAGACACAACUGCAAGAGCAGUUUGACAACUUAAAUGCUGUACAUGAAACCUCUAAGCUGGAAAUUGAAGCCAGCCACUCGGAGAAAGUGGAACUGCUGAAGAAGGCUUAUGAAACUUCCCUUUCAGAAAUCAAGAAGAGCCAUGAAAUGGAAAAGAAAUCACUUGAGAAUCUACUUAAUGAGAAGCAGGAAUCACUAGAGAAACAAAUCAAUGAUCUGAAGAGUGAGAAUGAUGCUUUAAAUGAAAAGCUGAAAUCAGAAGAACAAAAGAGAAUAUCCAGAGAGAAGGCAAAUUCGAAAAGCCCUCAGAUCAUGUACCUGGAGCAAGAACUAGAAAGCCUGAAAGCUGUGUUGGAAAUAAAGAAUGAGAAGCUCCAUCAACAGGAUAUCAAGCUAAUGAAAAUGGAGAAACUGGUGGACAACAACACAACAUUGGUUGACAAGCUGAAGCGAUUCCAGCAGGAGAACGAGGAGCUAAAAGCUAGGAUGGACAAGCACAUGGCAAUUUCAAGGCAACUUUCCACAGAACAGGCAGCACUGCAGGAGUCCCUUGAGAAGGAGUCCAAGGUCAACAAGCGUCUCUCCAUGGAGAAUGAGGAGCUAUUGUGGAAGCUGCACAAUGGAGACCUGUGCAGCCCCAAGAGAUCCCCCACGUCCCCAGCUAUCCCCUUCCAGUCACCCAGGAAUUCCGGCUCCUUCCCCAGCCCCAACGUGUCACCCAGAUGACAUUUUCUGAACAGGAAAGACUCUCUGAAGGCAUUGGGAUGCAGGUCUGCUUGACCGGUUGUCCUAAGAACAAUCAUGGUAGCAAGAGCUGCAUUAGCUUUCAUGGAAUUUCCACAGAAUAACUGGAAAGUAAGCACCACCAUGUCGGCCACUCAUGAGAUGGAAACUGUGGAGGAAGACUUUUGACUCAGCCCAAAAGCUACCUCCAAAAACAGCUUUUGGAAUUAACGUGGACAUAGAUGCACAAAGCACUUAAGGAAUGAGAGAAUCUUGUUCUUUGCCUUUUUUCCGCCUAAGCAUAUGGAGGCAAAACCUCUCAGGGGCUUAUAAAGAUAAAGAUUUAUAACCUUUACAAAGUUCUUCACCACAGACACCUUCUUGUGAUUUUUAUUUCUGUCUGACUGGGUGGGUGUGUGUGUGUGAAUGAAAUGGAUGUAACAGAGUGUCACAUGUCUGAUGCACCCCUUCCUGUUGGAUAUUAAAAGUCAAAAUUUGAAUAUAGCUGGGUUUGUACUAAUCAAACCAUAAUCAAUACAUACAUGUCAACAAAAAGCCAUAGAAGAAAAAGCAAUAGUCGAUUCAAUUAUAAUUAUCUAUCACCAGCUCUGCUUAGUGCUGUGAUGUGGUGGGGUGAGGGUAUGACAGCAAAAGCUUUUUUGACUUGUUAAUAUUUGAAUAUUUCUUUGUACCUUUUUGGAGUUGGCAGGUUUUCAAUGCUCCAUUCUGUCAGCUGAAACUAGCUAGAUUUUUCCAUAGGCUUUUGUAAGCCUAAUGCUGUACUGUGGUCCAUUUUCUCAGGCUAUGAGCAAAUGUAGAACCCAAUUUUUCUUAAAGAAUGAAAUCUCUAUAAAGAGGGCAGUACCAAUGGAUUGUUCUACCUUAUUUUUACCUUGAUCUCAGAUAUCUCUACAGAUGUAAACCUUCAUCUUCUCUCUCAUUAUCCUCACUGCCCCAUUCCUUCCUCCAAUUCAGAGCCACAAAAGUAAACCUUCUACCUCCUACCUACUUUCCUCUGGGACAAAGAUUUAAAAAAAUGUUUUUCCAGAGCCAUCUCAUCUUUGAGGUGCUGAACUAUUUUCCAAAUAAAGUUAUGUCUGGCUCUGUGACUUCACCUUUGGAAACCCCUGGGAAACAUCAGUAAAAGAAAGAGUCGGUAUGCACUAUAAAUGAGGCACCUUUUCUAAACCCGUAGUCUGGGAAGAUAAUGCUGGUCUGGGAGUACCCUUUGAGCAUGCCUAUCUGGUUCACAGGAAGGACCAGCCAGCCCAUGAAUAUGGGGCUUAUACAACUGCCCUCCAAAUUACGUUUGAAUUUCUUUUCAAAACUUCACUUGUUACCUCCCCUAGUUCUAAGACUCUGGGGAAGGUGGAAGGACAGCUGUGGCUUCUCCCCUACCCUCUGCAUGUGUCAGCAUUGUGAUGUCAGUAUUUACUAAUCUGCAUUGGAUGGCUGUGCAAAUAACCCCUAUAGUAAAUAGAGUUUCAUGAUACUAGAGGUGGAUAUUUGAAUCAUCCAGUACAUGUAUACUACACAGCAAAUUGAUAUUCAUGAUGCAUGCUUUUUAUCAGUGAUUGUGUUUGAAGUCAUUAACCCCCAAUAGUUUAUUAUGUGUGUAGCCUUCCAUGUUUGCUUCUGUUAAAUGGGAAGGUAGGUUUGCUGCCACCUUCAGGACUAUCUGCUCAUGCUUCUAAGUUCUCAAUAACAUAGCCAAAGUUGCAUUUACCAUGCACAACUCUAGGUGUGGUGACACUCGUGCCAUUUCCUGCUGUCCUCCAUACCAUUUAGGUGUCUGGGAAACCAAUUUUAGAAUAACAUCUUCAGAGGAUAGGGAGACAACAGGAGAGAAGAUAGGAAACAAAAUAGCUUUCAAUGUUUUUUUUUCCAAAUGUUUUACAUAAAUGUUGGCACAUCAUAAAAAUAUGAAUGUGUGGCAAACUUCAGUUUAUAGUGAUGGAAAGUGUAUUUUACUUUGAUCAAAUAAAUAUUGCUGGAAUAUUCAAUAUAA